GCAGAUCUUUGACGUUCUCGGUACGUGGGAACAGAAGCAGAGUGAUACCUCCUCCUCGCCGCCUCCUCUGUGGUUACGGAAUGCUUUGAGCACCUGGUCACACCUGCCAGGUUACUUCUGACCUCACCAGUGAGAAACAGCUAAACUAGUGAGGUCGCUCCUGGUGGACAAAGUUACGGAUUGUUUCGGUGAUGUGACCGCAGUAAGAACAGAGAAAUCAACAAAUGUGGCCAAAAAUGACUUUUAGCAACUGGAAGAAGCUUUGCUAACAGACAGGUAUCGACUGAAAAGAGAGAGAAUUGAAUUAAAAAAACUCAAGAAUGUCUGUCCUCGGGGGUCCAGUCUCAGAAGUAGUUUCCCUUUCACCUGCUGCGGAGCCACAGACAGCAGGAAGUAAAAAGCCACAAGAGAGCAACAGCUUAGAGGGAAGAAGGGAGAAUACAGACGAGGAAGAAGAUGAUUUAAAGGAGGAGGAAGAUCAAGAAGAAGAGGAAAUGACCAGCUCUGCUCUUCUGGAGCCGAGCACUCUGCCGUGGCCCGGAGACAAAGACAAGAGGCCUCAGACGGACAUCGGUGAUGCAGACUGGUCAGAAAAAAGAGUUUCAAAGCCUGAAGAGACGGACACUGGGAUCAGUGGAGGAACCCGGGACCUGUCGGAGGAGCAGAGCCGGGCAGAGAGCACAGCCAAGUGGAGGGAGAGCAUGCCUGAGGGAGAGAGGUGGAGGGACGAAAAAGGGGACAGCUCACUGGCAGACGAUGAAGACGAGGAGGAGGAGGAGGAGGAAGAGUCGAAUUGGAUCUCCGAGAAAGGUGCUCUGGGUUUCACUCCACGAGUCACGAUUGUGCGUCCGUCCAGCAAAGAGCUUCCUGAGGAGAGCUGGCUCUUUAUAGAGAAGGAGGACAAGAAGGAGCCGGAGAUGGAGCCCGACUCAGCGGCUCAAUUUUACCCGGAGUGGACAGAACAGGACGACAAGUACUACCUUUGUGAGCACCUGUGCAGUGAAAAACUGAAGCUGGCUCUGGCGACGGUGGCCGCAGGGAUCCUCUUCCCUCUCCUGGUGUGGGGAGGUUACGCCCUCCUUCCCUUUGACUCACCGCUGCUGCAGAGCACCCCCCUCAGGGUGGUGUACACUCUACGCUGCUCCUUCUUCGCCAUCAUCCCCAUCCUGCUCGGUGUGGUGGUGCAGGGCGUGGCCCGGCUGCGUUACAGCACCCUGAAGCCCCUCUAUCAGAGUGAACUGGUUAACAGAGAGGUGAUGGUGCACUGGCACUACAUCAACGAAUCGCUGGCCCUCUUCCUCUUCUACUUCCUGCAGCUCGCUGUCAUGGCAACCUACAUCAGCCAGGACCUGGUCAAGUUGGUGCCGCUGCUCACCAUCAUAUUUGUUUUCGGCAGGCUGAUCUACUGGCUCUGCCUCUCUCUGGGCAGCAGCAUCAGGGGCUUCGGCUUCGGCUUCUCCUUCUUCCCCAUACUGGUCAUGCUUUGCGCCAACCUGUACUACAUCUGUUCGUCAGUCGGAGAAGGGGCGGUUUUCGACGUCACACCGCCCACGACAGCUCCUCCUCCCAGGCAGCGCUGGUGGGGUUAAAGGGCAACGUCCAGAGGCGGUGAGGAGUUAAGAGACAAACAGCUGUAAUAUCAUGACACAACACUCAGGCAUUUUUUCUGUAGUGGCGGAAUCCGUCAUUCCUGCACUGGCUUCAGAUUGUCUAACAUAAAUAGUAUCAAAAAUGGAGUUUGAUUUCAUGAAAAUCUCAAGGAUUAUAAUUUUUAGUAUUUGAUCAUUCCUUUGGCUUUUGUUCAGAAAGAAAUCAAUGACACGAGGGGUGUGGGUGCAUUUGUAGCUUGAAUCUUCUUCUCUAUGAAAAAAAUGCAGAAAUUCAACACUAUUCAUGUUGGUAGUUAAGAAAGAAAGUUGAAAAAGUUUACAUACGUCAACAAAGCUCUUAUCUGUAUGCAAAUUAAAACUCUACAGCGGUGUGGUCUGAAGAAGGGCUCUUUUUACAGUGUAUAUUUACUCAUUUUACUAAUGUUCCACUGCAAAUCUUUAUACAGUCUGUACCUUCUUUUUGUUUUCAGCCAAUAAAAUCAGUUUUUUGAGGCUGAAUAGUUUCAGUAUGAGGCAUCCAGUGUUUGGAUGUGAUGCAGCAAAAUGAAGACAGAAAAAUAAGACAUGGAAUCUGACAACUGUUUAUUUUUUUAUUGAUCAAAGGCUUUUCUUUGUUUAUAGCAGCAUUAGCUGUUGGGCUAUUUUUUGGAUAGUCUCUUUUCUUUCUUUUGAAGGAUUGUUUUUUCAGUGUAUGAGUAUUUAAAGUAAAUCUGAUCAAGAUUUGGGACCCUGAAUGAGUUCAAUAAAGCUUCAUUAACAAAUAUGACACUUAACAUUGUGCAGCAGAUGACUGAGGGGGGACGACAUUACUUUUCAUUGAUUACCUGUCCAGCAAAGAUAAAAUCAUGACUACAAUUAAAGUUGAAAUGGCAAGUUGUAAAUGUGAUCAUGAUUCAUGAGGCAAGUUUCAACAAGACCAAACAGUCGGAACAAAAAUGCGGCCAGUCUUGAACAACAACAAAAAAUGUGGGCAAACUGCACGGGUGAAGAAAGAAGCUGCAGUUUUACCACAAAAAGACAGAAAUCAUUCAACUCUCUGACAGUCUACCACAAAGUCAGUGCGUUACUUUCACAGAGCAAGGAUCCGUUAAUGUUUCCUUACUGUUGGACAGGUUUAUUUUUGGAGAAACCCAAAAUAUGGCACUAUGUUGACCUUUAACAGACAAUUAGUACUAUAAAACGUUACAUAAGUAUGAACAUGUAAUAAAUGAAUCAAUAGAUUAAACUCUCAGAUUAAGAUUUAAUUUAUUACUUGAUCCAAAAGAUAAGAAAAAAAAAAAGCCCAUCACAAUUUCCAAAAGCGAUGUCUUCAAAUGUCUUGUUUUGUCCGACCAACAGUCCUGGGGCCAGUUUUCUGCAUAACAAGUACUUUUACAAUUGAUACAUUAAAAGCAGAAUAAGGAGGAUUUUUCGGUUUCUGUUUGCAAACACGAUUCAAAGUUGGCCCCUCCUCCCCGUCUCAACGGGCGAGAGAGCGAGAAUGAAUGAAGAGAGGGAGCGGCAUUGGCGAGAACAAAGCAGUGAAUCAGACACUUCUAGGUCCUAAGUGAUGAUUGAGAGGGAUUAUUUUUGUAUGAAUCUAUACAUGUUUUUUUUUCCUUUCCUUUUUAGGAAAAUCCUACUUAUUCUGCCUUUUAAGUACGUUUUUCGACCAAUCCUGUGCUUUUACUUUAAAAGCAGAACUUUUCCUGGUAAUCUAGUACUUCUGCAUUGUAAUAUUGCUACUUUUACUUAAGUACAGGAUCUGAACACUCUCAAAUUUUAUUAAAAGCUAAACAAAAAACCCAAGACGACAACACCAGACAAAAACAUAUUAAAGCUGGGUAAAAGAUCAGAUGAAUGAAGGUGUGAUUUGUUUUGCUAUUGUGUUAAAUUAUUGUUUAAUCUCAGCCUAUCAGACGUUGACUCGCUCACAGUUGCUGCUUCCCUCGGUGUGUAGUUAUCACUGAUUGUGUGAAAUUAAGCUGCAUCGAACAUGUUUGUAACUGACAAUGAGCGGGGGAACGGACGAUAAAGAGGAGAAAGACACUAAUGCACCUCUGAAAUGGACUGAAUUACAUUUUCGGUGAAUUUAGAAAGAUUUCUGGAGAUUUUCUUGCACCAAAUGUUGCUCAUUGGGAAAUUAUUUUAGAUGCUCUUUUAUUUUGUUACACAGUAAACAGACAUCAGUGGUUCACCUUUUUCAUUUUCAUGACAGGUUAGAAAAUAAACCAGACUCAAGUUCA